UUUUGUUCUCGGAGCGAGUUUCGAGCUUUCGAAUCGGGACGCUUCCAUGAGUCCCGAGCCGAGCAAGAUUUAGGGAACAUCAAGGCUCUCGAAGCCGGGCGAUGUUCGCUCUGACACCACGGAAAACUGGCUGAUUCGUGAGUCGCCGAAGCGGGACGCGAGUCCCACUCCGAUCAGGUGAAGCUGGGCAGGUUUCGACCAUGACUUCACAUGACGAGUCCAUGGGGGAUUCGAGCUCGGAUCCCCUGAGUCAGGACGAUGACGACAGGAGCGCUGACGAGGAUUCGGACGAAUCGUCGUCGAUUUCGUCGGACGACUCGAUCGAAUCCGACUUGGAGUCCGAAUCGUUCACGGACGUCACACCGCUGCAUUCGAUUUCGAACUCUCCGCUGCCUUCGCAGCCUAUCGGACCGUCCCCCAAACUUAGGGAUUCUGUUGGAGGAACAGACGAAGAGAAUUCGGAACACGAUUCGUCUGAGGAUGACGACGAGCCCAAUGGGCAAAUCUUCGGGAAAACCGCCAGGCGACCCACGGUGAAGCGGGCGCCCUCCAGACAAACAACUCAGAAUCAAGCCGACUCAGAUGUUUCUAGUCUGAGCGAAGCCAUCCAGAAACUCGACAUGCAGCAGGGCGUCAGAUGUCGUCGCAUCCGUGAUCAAGAGAAGCGCCUAGAGGCCGAGAACGAGCAUCUCCUCAAGCGCAUCAUCGCACAGAAAUCGCGUGUGACCGAGUACGUGGUCGCGAAUCCUCCGCGCUCGCUCGUUGCGUCAUCGUCGAUCAAUCGCAAGCGACAACAGAAAUACAUUCAUGCUCAAAAUUUGGCGCUUCACAAACGCAUCGAAGCGGCUCGUAAUGGAUCUCCAGUGAGCGUCGGGAGCGUGUUCACUUCGCCGACCAAUGCUACGACAACUAGCGCUGGUUCUCCCCAUAAACCAGUUCGAAACAGUCCUUCCGGCCCUCCGAUCCCUCGGAAAAGACACGACACGAGAUAAGCCACUUCAAGCGGCUCUAUGGCUACCCUGAGGGAGAGGGCUGAUGCGCUCCCAGUCCGGAGAUACGAACCGGAUGCGGCGGAACACACGUCAGCUUAAUUUGCUUCCAAGCUUGUGCGGCUACCUGGAAGUAAAUUGAGCGUGAGACGAAACGAUGUUCGAGUGAUUCUCCCUCAUUGUGAAAUUCGCGGGGAUCUUUCAAGUCCGACAGAGUCCAUGCGGCCAUAAUUACCCAAGCUCUAGGUAGAGAUAUUCAAAACGUCAGUGUUUUAGAUUGGCAGUUCGUGAGUAUAGCGCCAAUGUGAUUUUAAGCGGGCGCAGGUAGACUUCGGAUGUUCAUAUGGAAAGGGGGAAGACAGGACAAAGGUCUAUGUUGCCUCCCGGAGGGUCCUUCAUGCCUUGAAAAUUCAGUGACCCUUUCUCUCGAUGUCAGGAGUACCUUCAGUGAGGAUAUCGAGAGCGUAGCGAAAAUGAUAUCUUCCUUCAUUCCGCUUUCUGAGUUCAAGGCCAGAAAGUGAAUUAGAGUUUCUCCUGUUUGUUUCG